AUGGAGGGAGUCAAACUCCUGGUGGGACACGGGGUCGACUUAGAUAUGCCGUCGAUUCGAGGAAUGACGCCCAUGAAAAUAGCCGUUGAAUGUGGCCACUUGGAUAUCGCGUCGUACUUGCUUGCGCACGGUGCUAGAGUUCCGGAAGACCACGACUUCUUCGUUUCCUGUGCAAAUCGGGGAUACCUGGAGGGCCUUGAAUUGGUCUUGGAUAAGGGCGUUUCAAUAGACGACGAAGACUCAAACGGCUCCGUAGCCCUCUUCUGUCGGCGGCGAACGGGCAUGUCGAAGCUUGUUAUCAUCGACAAUGCGGGCUCUGCUAUAACUGCAGCCGCCGGACAUGGCCACCGUCGAGUUUUGGAAAUGCUUCUGGAUCACGCUGAUCAAUCUGGCUGCGACCAGACGAUGAGCCGUAAAUAUGCAUUUCAGGUUGCGAUGCGGAACAGACACUGGGGCUGCGCCAAGGAACUCUUGCAGAAAGGGGCUGAAACGAACUCCAACAUUGAUGAUGAAUUGCCCCUAUCUUGCGCUGCAAGGCUCGGCGAGGAAGAGAUAGCAAAAGUUCUCCUCGAACAAAGCCCCGAUCAAAUACGGCCUGGCGACGAUCCGACUCUGCUGUUUUGGGUGGUCAGGAACUUGAGCAUCGAGGUGCUCAGGCGACUUCUUGAGCAAGGUCUUGACCCCAAUGCAUACUCAGAAGCCCUGCGGCAGGGCCAUCCGUCUAUUCGGAGACAUUCUCGUAAGGGCUGGCUACUGCCACCUCUGUCAUGCGCAAUGAGUCAGCUGUAUUACGACAAGGCGGAGCUUCUGAUAGACCAUGGUGCCGAUCCACGCCCCUUGCAGCGAGGAAGACAACACAUUACUUUGGUCAACGUUACUCGGUCUAUGAAGUGCACUUUCAUCGCCAAGAUGCCUGAUCGGGGAUUUAAUGUGAAUGAAAAGAGCGAUGCUGGCGAGACGCCUCUCUCAGUGGCUGUGACCGCUGGCAACGUGGAAGGUCCUUUCCGUCCUGUUCUAUCAUUGGCCAUCGCAAAGGGACAUGUUGAAAUAGCCGACGUUCUUCGGAAGCACGGUGCGAAGGAAACGUGCGAGGAUAUGGAUGUUGAUGACGAGGACUAUCUGGCUGGUGUGGUCGAAUUGCUGUCGUCUGCGUGA